AUUAAUUCAAGGCAAAACAUCACUUAGUGAUGGUAUUAUUAAAAGCAGCAUCAUAAUAAGCAAAACUUAUUAAUCAUGAAUUAUAUUUUUGCAACAACACCAAGAAAAUGCUAGUGGAGGAGUACGUUUCCUAUGUGACCAAGCCAAUGACGUAUCAAUACCCCAAAAUACUUACAGGAACUCCCUCCCUCAGGAAGUGAAUAAAGGUGAAGGAAUUUUUGCACUUUACAUUGUACUGUGUAUAUAUACAGGUCUGUAUCUGGUCCAGAGUGUAUACUUGCUUUUCAUCAACCUCUCUUUAAGAAGAAACUCUGACCUUGACCCGAGUCUCCACUUUGUAAGGUUCCUGGCUGCAUCCAGAAAACCCACUGCUCAGCUCCAGGACCAUCCACGUCUCCAUCCAAGAGCUCUCCAGACUGCUCUAUAUCCAGCAUUUUGUGCAGAACCAGACUCCAGGAUGACUCCAUACUCUUCACUCUUGUCUUUCCUUGCUGCACUGUGUAUGUGUGGCCAUGCCCUCACCUCUCGUGUGGUGUGCUCUGACCGCUGCUGCUCCUUUGUAGAGGACUUCCCUGCCAGGCUCAAGGAGCUGCGCGCAUCCUUCUCCAAGAUCAGAGACUUCUAUGAAGCCAAUGAUGAACUGGAUAAUGCCCUCCUAGACGACAGUUUUGAAAACAGUCUUCAAACGCCUUCUGGAUGUCACAUUAUGGACAACCUACUGAAGUUCUAUCUGGACACCGUGUUGCCAACAGCUAUCAGCGGAACGACGAAUGAUAACGAUUUCAAAUCUCAAAUCGACUCCAUUGGAAACAUACUUAACGAUCUCAAGAAGGAGCUUAAGCAAUGUAGACGUUAUUUUUCCUGCAAGAAACCAUUUGACAUUACAGAGUUCAUUUCCACCUAUAACAAGAUGGAGAACAAAGGUCUGUACAAAGCCAUGGGAGAGCUGGACUUGUUCUUUAACCACAUUGAGACGUACCUGGCAUCUAAACGAAGGAAACAUUGAUCACUGACAGUGCCACUAAGUUUAACCUUUAUCACACUGAAAUUUCUUCAUGAACUUUAAAUCCCAUUUGGGAAUAAUCUUUCCCAUCCAAUGACUGGGGUUGUGUUAGAGAUGAUUGUUCCAAGUGUUACUUUAAUGCAAAACAAAGAUACAACUUGGCUGCUUCUCUCUGCCAGCAUAAAGCCAACCUCUUCUUUGUCUGAUGUGAACUUGAAUUUGAUAUUUGAAAGUGUAUUUGUCCUAAGGACAACUUUUUCUGUAAUCCUUACUGAGUCAUAUUGAGUCACAUUAAGUAACUGCAUGUGAAUGCAAUUGUACUACCGAAAACUACUGGGACACAGUUUUGUUUACAUGUUUGGAGAUGAAAUCUUAA